AUGGACCAUACAUAUGAAGAGAAAGGUGUGUGCAAACAUUCAGGGAAUAAUCACAAGGUGGAGGUGUGCCCGCUCAGACCCAGAGCUGGCACAGGGACCUCUCCCAGAAGGCUGCAGGGCUUCCCUCCCAACCCUCCAACUGCUCACUUGCUGAGCCUGUGCUUAUCUGUUCAGUGGAACUGCUGUGUGCCACGCUCCUCAGAAGAAUCCAGAUGUUACUGCAAUAACCACUCCAUAAACAAACAGAACGCCCAGCUGGGAGAACUGGCUUCUCAGCAUUCGUCCCAGCAGAGGCUCUUCCGGGGCUGGGUUCUGACGGCUCCCCUGUUUUAGCACAGCUCUUGUUGGCAGGCAGAUGGCUACGAGCACAGCCACAGGCUGAAGUGUCAACAUUUCAGACAACACAGACAGUACAAUGACAAAUUGGGGAUCAGCUCCGAUCUCAGCCCCCCAUUUAAUAUGUUGCUGAAUAUUCUUCUGAACAGAGUUCAUCCCACACUGUCCCCUGGUACAAGACGCUCCAAGGGGCUGAAAGAGGGACUUCUGCAGUCAAGACAUCUGGGACACUCUUGGACAGUCACAAUGUGCAUUUGGGUAUUAAAGGCUCUGAAAAGUUCUGCACCAAAUAAACCCCUGGAUUGGCUUGAUCCAAUGCCACGUUUCCAAAACCUACUUGCCCAUGGGACACCUUAG